AUGAAAAUUAUUACAUUUAUUUUUUCAUUUUUAAUAUUAAUUAAUAUAGUUUUUUCAAAUGAUCCAACAAUUGUAAGAUUCGAAAAACCUACUAUUGAUACUUAUGCAUCAGAUUCAUGUUCCCCAAUUAUUGAUGUUUUAAUUAAUUUUGAUGGUCUGGUAAAUCCACAACAUUAUAAUUUUAAAACCAAUAAUGAAGCCGGAAUCAGUUUUCCAUCUAUUAUAAAUGGUUCAUUAUAUUUAUUUAAUAUUCAACAUCAAGUUCCAAUCGGUAAAAACCAACCAGUUUCAUUCCAACUCGAAUACUCAUCUGUCCGUCCAUCAUUAAUAUGGAAUUUCACCAAUUAUGCUACUAUUGACUGUGAUCCAAUUCCAACUACUCUUACCAUGCAAGCUAAACAAGAUAAGUGGGUUUCAACUAAAGGUUUAUGGAGUCUUUUAUAUUGGCAAAAGUUAUUUGUAGUUAAUGGCCUCGAGAAAUCUCUCCCAUAUGAUGGCCUUGUUUGUACAGUUCCACAACCAUUUUAUUGUAUUUUCUCUCAAACCCUCAAUGGUCAAAAGGUUAUCAAUUUCUUGUUCCAAAUUGUUAUUUAUAAGAACCCAACUCCAUAUACUCCAUUUAAUGUCGUUAUUUCCGAUAAACAAGGUAGAGUUUUACAUAGUAGUCCAUUUGAUGGUUUAGAAAGUCCAUCAAAUCCACCAAUCUCAAUUUCAAGUUCAGAAAUUUACCCAAAAAAUGGUUCUAUUGCUUACACCGAUAUGUUAAAAAGUUCAAUUUACAAUGUUAAUAUUUUAAACAAAAAUGGUAUUUGUGGUAUUGAAAAUUCAAAUAACUAUUAUGUUCAAAAUACCCUUAUUCCAGUUUUGGGUAAUCCAUCAAAUGCAUCCUAUAUUGGUUUCACAGAACUCAACGGUAAUGGUCCAGUUUCUUCCCAUCUUCAUAUUGUUGACACCGAGGGUACUAAAAGGAUCGGAUCAGAUAAUAUUGCUUAUAUUGGUAAAAGAUCAUAUGACACAAUUAUAGAGAAUUUAAAAUCAGUCCAUCUUGAAGAUACCCACACCAACAAUACAAUUGUAAAUCUUAAAGCUGAUGUCUCUUAUUUCGAAAAUGCCUAUAUUUCAUCUAAUAUUCUCCAAAAUAGAGUGUUAUUAAGAUACCCAUUCGGAUACUCUAAUGGUACUGUUGGUUAUCAUUCUGUUUCUGUUUCUUUACCAGUUCCAAGAGCUAAAUCAAAUGUAGACUAUUUAUAUUUCCGAGUUGGAACAGAUACAAUAUCUAACAAUAUAGACAUAACUCCAAGUAAUAUUACUGAUAAUACUAUUCCACAACUUUUAAAGGUAGAAACUAUCUUUCUUGAGUUUGAAAGAGUACUCACUAGAGUUCAUGCAAGAGAUCUUGAAUCUGGUAUUGGAUUUUUGUAUUUUACCAAUUUAUUAAAGGUAACAUCUGCCGAUUUGGUUUAUGGUGAUAUCUACGAUGGUGUUUAUGAAAAAGUAGAACAAAUAGGAUUUUUGGGUGGUUCUACAAAACCAAGUAUUAACAUUUAUGAUGUAGCAAACAAUUAUAAUCAAUUUUAUAGUUCCAAAGCAAUUUUCGAUACAAACUUUAAUAUGCUUCCUGAUUACCCAUCAAUAAAAUACGCAGAGGAAUAUCACGAUUUAGAUCCAUUUACCUUUUCAGCAUUCGAAUUUAAACAAAAUGAUGUUGAUGUUUCAAAUGGUCCUGUUAAUAAUACUUUAUGUUUUAAUUUUGCCGGUUCAAGUAUGAAUAUGAUUCCACGUUUCUAUUUAUUCCCAAGUCCAUUAAAUAUGGAUUCUUUCAAACUCGAUGAUUUAACAGAAAACCUCGGUUCAUGGAAUAGCGCCAAAGGAAUGUUUUGUUUAGAUUUCCAAAUUCCAGCUAGAUUGUUUACUGGUGAUGUUCUUUAUUCCCUUAUUAUGUACCCAGUAGCAUAUGAAUCAUACUAUCUUAUUAAUGCUGUAGGUGAAAAGGCCCAAUUAAGAGUUAAAUCAAACUUUGCAGAUCAAAUGCCACCAAUUAUUACAGAAUUUGCUACUUAUCCAUCAAAUAAUGUCGAGAUUACCGAAAAUACAAACAUUGGAUGGAAUAUUAGAAUCGAAGAUUCACCAAAUGGUUUCAAAUCUGCCGAAUUCAAUAUUACAAGUGACUUUGAUUUAGAACCAUAUAUAUUAAGAUUAACUCCAACCAACGCAACUUCUGGAAAUGCAAAUAGCGGUACAUAUCAAUUAAGAAUCCCAAUUAAGGCAAAUACCUGUAGAUCACAAUCAUUUAGAAUUUCAUCCGCUUCAAUUACUGAUACCCAAGGUCACACUUCACUCUUACCAUCCAAAUUAAAUGUUAACCCAUUAAUGAAGUUCUUAGACUCUCCACAUUUAACUUUAAAUAUUACAUGUCCACAAGCUAUUGUCGAUAACAUUCCACCAGUUUUAACCAGCUUCUCACCAUCAGUCGACACCAUCGAAGUAGGUGUUUACAAAGACUUUAGAAACAUUACAUUCACAUUCACAACAUCUGACUAUGAAUCUGGUAUUUCAACAAGACAUAUCCCAGUAGUUUAUAUUACUGCAAAAAAUUUUGAUAGAGAAGACUCAAAAGAAAUCUUUUUCGAUGAACAGAUUUCACAAGUUGCCAAAUUGUCAUCAUAUAUUUAUGGUGUUGCCACCUAUACAUGUACUAUUCAAUUAGCAUACGGUUAUGGUUCAUACCAAGGUAUUCUUGUUUCAGUCUACGGUAUUGUUGAUAAUCAAUUAAACAUCAAUGGUUAUUCCACUACUGAUCUCCAAUCACUUGGUUUCCAAGGCACUAUUAAAGUAACCUAUUCAAACAAUCCAGUACUCGAUACCACCAGCGCCAUUAACUCUACUGGUACAUCAUUAACAAUCUAUGGUCACAAAUUCGGUAUUGACUCCACUAAAAUUACUUUACAAGUUGAUUAUCAAAACGGUCAAGGUUGGAAAAACACACCACUUUCAUUCUUUUCAGGUAUUAUUUUAAUGACCAACAGUAUCACACCAACAUCCACACCAUUUUAUGUUCGUGUUAUUGUCGAUGAUAGAAUUUCAAAUUCACUUUUAGUAGUCCCAACUGGUGGUGGUAAUAACAAAUGUAAUUACGAAAUUAUUCAAACAAUUACUUCUCAAUGGAAUAAUUCACACAUUUAUCCAUAUACCCUAACCGAAGCAAUAAUCAAAAACAAAGGUUCCAAACCAAUUACCUCAUUUAACUUCACAAUGAACAAUAUUGAUCAAAUUUGGGGUGUAGAUAAAGAUACCGCAACUGAAGUAUAUAGACUACCAUCAUGGCAUUCAAUCAUUAACCCAUUCGAACAAUAUAGCUUUGGUUAUAUCGUUAAAAGCUUAACUGUUGGUAUCUUUGACAAUGUUAAAGUUGAAUGUUAA